GUCCAGUAAAGUAUCCGCUAUUUACACAUGCAAAGAUUAUUGUUUGGUGGGCGAAAACUCGGCUUGUAUUUGUAUUUUAAAACGUAAACGGCUAAAGUAUAUAAAGUAAUAAACAUUCAUAUUGACUCACGAAACCAAAAUACAGCACACAACAGAAACAUUGUGUUAAUUGGACAGUUAUUGAAUAUGGCAAUGGCGACCCACUGGCAAUAUUCGGAAUCUUUCGCCGACACGAACUUUAAGAUGUUUGAGAAUGAGGAUCUCUUUGACGUCACAUUAGAGGCCGGAAAUGAGAAGAAACAGAUCAAAUGUCACAAAUUCAUUCUCGCCAGCCGUAGUCCAGUAUUCUAUGCAAUGUUCUGCGGUACACUUGCUGAAUCAAAAGAUGUUAUCUGCGUUCCAGAUAUUGAGCCAUCUACACUUGAGCAUUUAUUACGGUAUUUGUACAGCGGCAAGGUCGAAAUAAACGCUGAGAUUGCUCUCAGUCUGCUGUACGCCGCUAGGAAAUACGACAUCCCUGUGCUGGAAAUCCAGUGCAAGUCAUUUCUGAGUGAAAACAUGGACACCGAAAACGUUUGCACAAUUCUCGACCAGGCUAUAGUAUUUGACGAUAAAGAUCUUAAAGAUAAAAGUUUGGAAUUUAUUAUGCUCACAAAAUCCGAGAGCGUUUUGAAAUCAAAUGCAUUUGUUCGAAUGUCAAAGUCAGGAUUACAGGAAGUGCUUAACCUAGACAUUCUUAACGCCAGCGAGUGUGAAGUGUACGUUGGUUGUAAACGUUGGGCUUCUCAGAGAUGUAGAGACGCGGGAAAACAGGAAACUGAUGAACAUAUAAGACAGGAGUUGGGAGAUGAGGUCAUCAGCCUGAUCAGGUUCCCAACCAUGACCCCGGAAGAUUUCACGCAUGUUGUAUCUACUGAAAACGUACUAAAAAAAGACGAAUUAAUCAGCAUUUAUCGGAGUAUUACAAACAAGAACUAUGCCUCAAAAUUUAUUAACGAACCUCAAUUGGAUUUAGGGGCAAGAUGUUUGUUUGUAAGGUGUACAAGUGUUGGUCAACCUUGGGGAUAUGGGAUUAAAGGACAAGAUGGUCUUAGUUUUACAGUGUCUAAAAAUUGUGAACUUACUGCAGUGGACAUGUUUUUGCCAGCCUCUGAAGGGUCUGUGACUGGUGUACUAGAGCUCAUUGAGGGUACUAAACUAAUUCUUUCUCAGAAUGUAACGUUGUAUUACAAACAAGGUGUUGAGCAUUUACUAGUUUAUUUAGAUAAAAGUCUUAUUCUUCAUCAUUCGAACGAAUAUUCCAUACGAAUACGAAUGGAGGGUGCAAGUGGGUUUUUUUGCGUUUCAACGGCAAACAAUAUUUCGAUGGAAGGUGUGACUAUGACGUUCAGUGACUUAAAAGUUGGGUUGAAUCAGAUGGGUACAUGA